AUGAUGGAAAUAGCUUAUCAGCCUCGGAUUGAUUCCGAGAUCGAAUCACUCGUCGAGAGAAUCAAUCCUCCCAGGGUUUGUAUAGACAACGACACAGACCCAGAGUGUACACUUGUUAAGGUGGAUAGCGCGAAUAAGUACGGGAUAUUACUGGACAUGGUUCAGGUUUUGGCUGACCUCGAUCUCGUUAUCUCCAAAUCUUACAUCUCAUCUGAUGGUGAAUGGUUCAUGGAUGUGUUUCACGUGACGGACCAACUCGGGAAUAAGCUCACCGACCGAAGCCUUAUUCUCUACAUCCAACAGGCAAUAUGUUCUAGCAGAACGGGAGGUAUAACAAAGGAGAUGCAGAGUAAUCUAAAACGGGAGGUGCAACAGCGCCACGUGUCAACAGAGCACACGGCGUUCGAGAUAACCGGAAUCGACAGACCUGGUUUGCUGUCCGAGAUCUCCGCCGUACUAUCCGACAUUGGUUGUCACGUGACUGCCGCUGUCGCGUGGACCCACCACGAGCGAGCGGCAAUGGUGAUUUAUCUAGAAGACGGCUUUCACGGUGGGCCCAUUAUCGACCCUAUAAGAAAGGCCCAAGUGAAGGAUCACCUGGAUACUGUUAUGGAAGCCCACCACAGAGUCGGCGAUGAGUCUCGGGUCGUCGUGAGUGUGGUCGAGGCUAAAGGCGGUCCGGUCGGGUGGGCCCACACUGAGCGGAGGCUUCAUGAGCUAAUGUUCGCUGAAGGAGACUUCGAGAAUUGCUUUGGCUGCGACUGUUUCAUUGGAGACAGGUGUGAUGCGUUGUGGAGGGGAAGGUGCGAGAGGAUACACGUGGCAAUCGAGGCUUGUAAUGGUUAUUCAAUGGUGAACGUGAAGUGUAGAGACAGACCAAAGCUAUUGUUCGACACGGUAUGCGCUUUGAAAGAGUUACAAUUCGUGGUGUUUCACGCCGUGGCCGGAGCUAAAGGCUCGACGGCGGAGCAAGAAUAUUUCAUAAGGAAGAAGAACGGGUGCACGUUAGAGACGGAAGGGCAGAGAGAGAGACUGAGGCAUUGUUUGGUAGCUGCGAUCGCGAGACGCGCUUCAAGCGGUUUGAAACUGGAGGUUCGGACAGAGAACAAGAUGGGUUUGUUGUCGGACGUGACGAGAGUUGUGAGAGAAAACGGUUUGUCGAUAACGAGAGCUGAGAUGAGCACGCAAGGAGAUCUGGCGGUUGGUUCGUUUUACGUGACGGAUGUGAACGGUGGUGAGACGGAUGCGACUGCGAGUGCGGUUGAAGCGGUUGUGCGGGAACUAGGUGGAGCGGUUGUGACGGCGGUAAAGGCGUUUGGGAUGGUGUCGACUAGGUUGGGUUCGUCGAGUGUUGAUGUGGAGCGAGACAGAGCUAAGUUGUCUAUUGGGAGAUUGGUUUGGUCGAAAUUAGAGAGAUUAUCGACGUCGAUAAGAUCCUUGUGA